AGCCCGGGGGACUGGACCAGUGCCGCGUCGCCUACCGCACGAAUGAACGAAAUGUCGAGCUGAUAAUUAUUAAUAAUCUGACCGAAUUUCCUAUUUAACCCUUGGGCCACUACCCAACCGAAACGAUUGACAGAGCUUAGCGAUUCGCUUGAUUGAGAUUGAAAAAGUAAGGGGGCGAUUGGCUGUCGACGAUGUCGUUUAGGGUGAGUAGGUUGUCGCGCCGCGAGUGAUCAGUGUGUGGUGGCCAGCAUGCAACAGGCAAACCAGGUGGGAGAGCAGGGGGGAGCCCCGGCCAGCUCACCAGCGGCCACCGGGGCCACCGGCACCGCGACCAACAAAAGCCACGUGAACGGCGGCCGAUUCGACUUUGACGACGGCGGCACUUAUUGCGGCGGCUGGGAGGAGGGCAAAGCCCACGGCCACGGAGUCUGCACCGGACCCAAGGGCCAGGGCGCCUAUUCCGGCUCCUGGCACUACGGUUUCGAAGUAUCUGGCAUCUACACCUGGCCUAGUGGGAGUUGCUUCGAGGGCCAGUGGCAAAAUGGCAAACGACACGGUCUGGGAGUGGAAACGCGGGGCCGUUGGAUAUACAGGGGCGAGUGGACACAGGGUUUUAAGGGGCGAUACGGGGUUCGACAGUCGAACACAUCGACUGCCAAAUACGAGGGAACGUGGGCCAAUGGUCUGCAAGACGGAUACGGAUCGGAAACAUAUGCUGAUGACGAGAACCACAUUGGGUGGUAUAAGUGACAAAGGGGCCCCAGCUCAAAAUUUGCGGGGGGGCCCCGAUCACCUUUGCACGCUACUGCAUGGAGAGGUAUAUGCAUUUAAUUCAAAUAAUACUUUGUUGUUGGCCGUAAACGAUUAA